AUGGUAUCCACGCCCGAGCUCAAAAAGUAUAUGGACAAAACCGUAUAUUUGCAACUGAAUGGAUCGCGAAAACUUAUAGGAGUGCUUCGUGGAUUCGAUAUUUUCCUGAACGUGGUCUUGGAUGAUGCGGUCGAGAUCCGCAAAGAUGACACGAAGGCCCCGAUCGGAUCGCAAACCGUUGUUCGGGGCAAUUCAAUAGUUUCAAUAGAAGCAUUAGAGACUCUGGCAUAG